GCGGGCUGUGAGUCAUGGCAGCAGAGCCCCUGACUCAAUGCUGCUUUGGUUAAUCAGUAACCAGAGUGGGAGCACUGCGGCUGGCCGGCUGGCUUAAAGUAAGGGAGCGGAGAAGUCCGGACCUCACUCAGUACCUCACUCAGCAGGAGCAGAAACACACGAAGGAAUCAUUUUACGGUGACUACCCACAAAACAUAAAAUGCAGAUUCUGCAGUCGCCUCUUCUAUCCCUCCUACUCUGCUGCUACCUCUCAGGAAGCCAAGCCAAUCGGGUCUACGUUCACCCUUUUCACCUCUUUGCCGCUGAGAAUGUCAGCUGUGAGACCCUGCAGCCCCAAACGUCUAAGCCUCUGGAGACACUUCCUGUGGCCUCCCUCGAUAUUGAAGUCCUGACACCAGACAGCAGGGACCAGUCGGUACUGGAUGCACAGAAACAGAACAUCACAGAGAGGACAGCAGUUCUGGCUGAACUGUUAAAUUCUCUGGGCCUGAGGAUGUACCAGGCACUCAGCAGUAAGCAGCACAACACCAACAGCCUCUUCUCUCCGGUCAACACCUAUGGAUCCCUUGUCACCUUUUACUUGGGAGUCUCCAAGAAGACAGCGAGCUCAUUCCAGCUUCUACUGGGCCUGAGCAGCGGCACUGACCAAGAGGACUGUGUGUCCUUAGUGGACGGACACAAGGUUCUCCAGACCCUGCAGAGUAUUAACUCUCUAGUGGACGAUGGGCCUAAAGAUGAAAUCACUACCCAGGUGUGGACCUUCACUCGCGAGCAUGCUCAACUCUCCGGGGACUUUGUUCAAGGCACGCAGGACUUCUCAGACACAUCAUUCAUCCGUGGCGUGGACUUCUCAAAACCUCAGGAGGCAGAGCAGUUGGUGAACAGCUUUGUGGAGAAGACGUCAGACAGGAAGGUGAAGAGCGUCUUCAAACAUCUGAAUUCCAGCAGCGACCUUCUGUUUCUUACUUUAUUCAGCUUCCAAGGCAACUGGAGAACAGCCUUCCAACCAGAGAAGACUUCUUUGCAGGAGUUUCAUGUGGAUGAAACAACCACAGUGAUGGCUCCACUGAUGACCCACACGGGUCAGUACCACUACCUGAAUGAUAAGGUACGGCGGUGCACUGCUGUGAAACUGUCUCUCAGCAAACGGUCCUACAUGUUGCUGGUCCUGCCCCACGAAGGGACCAAACUGCACGACUUAGAGUCUAAGCUACGCACGGAUGUCAUCUCUGACUGGCACCAGAACCUCCAGGAAGGUCUGUUGGAGCUGUCCCUGCCGAAGUUCUCCAUGUCGUCUGUGACUGAUUUGCGAGAUCUUCUGACCAACAUGGAUCCAGAAGUUGAGGCCAAACUGCUGGGCUCUCAGGCUGAGUUCAGUCAACUCAGCAACACCAAACCCUUCACUAUAGAUAAGGCGUUCAACAAGGUUAUGUUUGAGAUGUCAGAGGAAGGAGCAGAACCUCAGGACAAGAUCCAGGAAGCAGGCAUUCCUCUGAAACUGUCCAUCAACCGGCCGUUUUUCUUUUCUGUCAUAGAGGGAGAUUCUAACGCCAUCCUAAUGCUGGGAAAGAUCACCAACCCUACACUGUAAAGUCAAAUAGUGCUUGAAACCAGCAAAAAAGAAACCUCUGACGUGAAAAAUGUACGAGGCUCAUUUCUUUACUUCGUGUACUUCAUCGCCUACAGCUUUCAUUUCAUUUCAGGCGCUAAAAUCAAUCAUUCAACAGACACGUCAUUUAGAUCACACCCAUGUUUUUCAACUGAAUUAAUGCCCACAUGGAGUACAUGAAGAAUGAAGCACAGCCUCUCACACAAAUGAUCAAUAUUCAACAGCAUUGUCGUUAUCUUUCACCGUCUAGCUGAUUUAUGACAACAGUAUUUAUGAAGACCUGUUACUUAAAGAUGAGUUGUUUUCAAGCUGCCUGUUAAAAAUCCUAAUUUGUUUUUUUUUCCUGUUAAAUUUAUUAUAGCAAAGUUCUGUACAGUAUUUUUCAGCAUAUUAGGUACAGUAACCACAAUUCUCUAUGAUGAAUGAUUGAUGUUGUAUAUUGUAACUAAGAGUUUAUUUUUGUUCUGUUGUAAUUUGUGACUGCUGUAAUAAAACAUUUGUAUCCCAA